AUGGCCAACAGCAAAGACUGGAACGCCAGGCAAUACCUCAAGUUCGAGAAUGAACGCAGUCUCCCGGCCCGCAAUCUGCUCGACCGGGUACCGAUCUCCUCGCCAAAGAGGAUCAUCGAUCUGGGCUGCGGGCCGGGGAAUUCGACCGAAGUCCUGGUACGGCGGUUCCCCGAUGCCACGAUCACCGGGAUGGACUCUUCCCCUGAUAUGAUUCAGAAGGCGCAGACAGCGCUCCCAGAGCGGGACUUUUUCGUCGCGGAUCUGACGACGUACCAGCCAGAGACCGGCGAUGCGGUCGACCUGUUCUUCUCGAACGCCAUGUUCCAUUGGCUGACGGCUGACGACCGCAUUGCGGUGAUCAAGCGGUUGUUGGAGCCGCAGAGUCCUGGCUCUGCAUUUGCGAUUCAGGUGCCGAAUAACCUGAAUGAACCGCUGCAUGUGUUGAUGCGGGAGACGGCGGUUGAGGGGCCGUGGGCCGGGAAGUUGGCUGGCGUGCAGCGGGUUGAGCUGGAGUCUGUGCAGGUGAUGUAUGAUCGACUGAAGCCAUUCUGUACGGAUGUUCAGAUCUGGGAGACGAGUUAUUACCAUUCGGUUGAGGGACCGGAGGCUGUGGUGGAGUGGGUGAAAGGAGCAGGGUUGAAGCCGUAUAUUGAUCCGCUGGAGGAUGGGGAGAAGGCGGCCUUUUUGGAGUCUUAUUUGGCGAAGAUCAAGAAGGCGUAUCCUGUUUCUGUUGAUGGGAAGGUCUUGUUGAAAUAUCCUCGCCUGUUUAUUGUUGCUGUGAAAUGA